AUCCAGAAACAUAAAAGCGUAAUAUUAUUAUUUCUCGGUUUAUUUCUCAUAUAAUUGAUCGGUUUUUUUCUGGGGUGGACAUUGCUAGCUAGCGAUGGCGUCGAUCCAGGAGAAGGAGGAGAGAGCAGAAGCUGCCGCGAGGGUGGCUGCCGAUGAGCUCAGUGAAGUGAUGAACCGGGAGAGAAGAAGAGGGUACGAAGAAGGCGCGUUGGCGGGGGAGACUAACGUCUCUCAGACGCGUUACGAUUAUGAACAGCGGCAAGAGGAGAGGCCCGGUGUUAUCGGCACCAUAUUGAAGUCAGUCGCCGGGACUCUUGAGCACGCCAAGGAGGUCGUCACCGGAAAGACGCAAGGAACUUCCGAGCAGACCCGUGAGGGUGCCCAGGCUGCGGCGGAGAAGGCCCGGGAGGCCAAGGACAGGGCAGCCGAGAAGGCGGCGGAGACCAAGGAGUCUGCGAAGGAGAAAACUAGAAGCGCCAGUGAGACUGCCGCCCAAAAGGCGGCUGAGGAGAAAGAGUCGGCGAAGGAGAAGACUAGAAGCGCUGCUGAUACUGCAGCUCAGAAGGCGGUGGAGACGAAAGAGUCAGCCAAGGAGAAGACUCGAAGCGCUGCUGAUAUCGCCUCCGAGAAAGCGAGGCAGGGGCAGGAGAAGGCCGGGGAGUAUACGGGGUUGACGGCGGAGAAGGCCAGGGAGGCAAAGGACACAACGAAGGGGAAAGCGGGAGAGAAGGGGAACCAGGCGAAGGAGACGGUGAAGGGGAAAGCGGAGGAGUACAAGGAUUACGCGGCGGAGAAGGCGGAGCAGGCAAAGCAGAAGGCGGCGGAGACGAAGGAUUACGCGGCGGAGAAGGCGAUGCAGAAAGCGAGAGAAUACAAGGAUUACACUGCAGAGAAGGCGAAGGAAACCAAGGACACUGCGGCGGAGACAGCGAACCAGGCGAAGGAGCAGACGGUGCAGAAAGCGGGAGAAUGCAAGGAUUACACUGCGGAGAAGGCGAAGGAGACGAAGGAUGCAACAAUGGAAAAAGCUGGUGAAUACAAAGAUUACACUGCAGAGAAAGCGGAGGAGGGGAAGGACACAGCUGUGGGGAAGAUCACGGAGUUGAAGGACUCGGCUGUGGAUACUGCGAAGAGGGCCGCGGGUUUCUUGACAGGAAAGAAGGAAGAAACCAAGGAGAAGACCUCCGAGACGGCCGAGAAGGACAAGGAAAAGCUGGGGGAGACGGGGGAAGCGGUGAGGAGGAGGAGGAGUGGGGAGGGGUUGGGUUCGAAGGAUGACGUGGAAGGGACAGAAGUGGUGGACACUCCGGUGGGGGCCGCGGCGGAUACGCUGAAAGCCGCCGAUCAGAUUUCCGGCCAGGCAUUCAACGACGUGGGGCGGCUGGACGAGGAGGGCAGGGGUGAGGUGAUAGUGGAACCCCGGGAAUAGAAGGGGAUCUUACUGUUGGGAUCAUACUAUGAUCAUAAAUAAUACGAUGCUAUAUAUAUAUAUAUAUAAUUGGAAGCUUUAUCUGCAUACAUGCUGGAAUAAUGCUGUAUGUGUUGGUUGGUUUGAUAUAUUAUUAUCACAUAAUAUAAGCUUUUUCUUCUUUUUUUUCCUUUCUGUAUUUGUUAUUAUAA